GCUGGACUUCCCAUCACUACUGGUGUGGCCCGUGGCCUCGAACUCUGUGCUGCCUUCAGGUGCUCUAGGUCAUACCUAACUCUUUAGAGAUGUGAUCAAAUGAUUUGAUCCUGUUGUAAUAUGACGUGUGUGAUAAGGUUAUAUUUUGUUAUGUUGUUUUCAAAGUGUGGUGUUGGUUUUUCUUUGUUGUUUAUACUGUAAAUGAAAAUAUGAAGGGACCCCGAAGGAAUAUGUCUUUCUCUGGUUCUAUUUUUCAUCUUUCAAAACAGUGCCUCAUUUUCUAGCUAUUAUUGACACCUAGAGACACAGACACAUGGAUAUCACACAUGGGUCAAAAACAAAAGAAUAAAACUAACUUCUGAGACCUGGUUGUAACAUCACUAUGAGAACUAGAAUGUACGAGCGGUGCCUGAAUGCAGCACACUGGUACCCGCACAGCCUGCUCCCCGCACAGCCUCCUCCUCCUCCUCCUCCCCGCACCGCCUCGGGGUCUAAAUCACUCCAUCCUCGGCGCUCAGAGCUCAGAGACGAAGAGGGAUUAAACAGAGAGCAGGACCGUGGAUGCUGGACCCCCUGCCGGAUCGGGACUCGUCCUUGUGAAUGGAUUUAAAGUGAUGUGAGAGAGGCGGGGACUAAUGCAGCUGUGUGAUGGGAGAGUCAGCCGAGCAGGAUGGGCAACAAGCAGACAACCUUCACCGAUGAGCAGCUGGAGGCGUUUCAGGACUGCACCUUCUUCACCAGGAAAGAGGUCCUGAGGUUACACAGCAGAUUUCGAGAGCUGGCUCCACAUUUAGUGCCGCUGGAUUACACCAACAACCCCGACAUCAGAGUUCCUCUGACGCUCAUCGUCAGCAUGCCUGAGCUGAAGGAGAACCCGUUCAGAGACAGAAUCGUGGAGACGUUCUCCGAGGACGGACAGGGGAACCUCAGCUUCAACGACUUUGUCGACUUGUUUUCUGCUCUCUGUGAAACUUCACCUCGAGAGCUAAAGACCAUCUACGCCUUCAAGAUCUACGACUACAACAGGGACAACUUUAUCUGUAAGGAGGACCUGACAAAGACUCUGAACAAGCUGACCAAAGGAGAGCUGACGCCAGAGGAGGUCACGCUGGUGUGUGAUAAAGCCAUCGAGGAGGCCGACCUCGACGGAGACAGCAAGCUCUCCUUCGCAGAUUUUGAGAACAUGAUCUCAAAGGCUCCCGACUUCCUAAGCAACUUCCACAUACGUAUAUGAGACAAUGCUGAGAUCCUGCCACGGACAGAUGUCUCACUUUGACCGUUUCCUGCUUCCACUGGUCCCCACCCCCCAGACUCAGCCUCCACCUGAACCUCAGACACCACCUCGACUCAGUGCCUGUCCUUUCUAUCGCCGGUGGAGAGUCCUCUUCUCCAGCAGAACCUGAGACCUGACACAGAGUCCGGUCUGGACUCAGAGAAGCACAGGCAGUAUUUUUGCCAACUUGCAUCUUCCGGAGACAUGGAGAGUUUCUGAGAGAAAGUUGUUACUGCAUGAAACCUCUCUCUUUUUAAUUUAUUUAUAAACUGACGAGAAGGAUCGAUAACCACGAUGGGGCUAAUUUUAUAUCAAGAGGGCUUCUCUGCAGCUCUGAUGUCUCCGAUGGACGGGUUUGCUCCCCUGAGACACAUCUGGAGACUCUGCAGAGUAAAGGGAACAGGGCUUUUUUGACUUCAGUGCUUUGCAGAGAGGCCAGAUCCACUGACUGGAUUCUUUUAAACAAGCACAGUUUUUAAAGGGCAAAACAGUGAAGAGCUAUGCAAUCUUUCUUUGUGAAGUGCAUGUUGUAAAUCGCUUCUAGCUGUGGUUAAUUUGUACACCUGGUGUAGUUUAACGUUUCGGUGCAUAAUGACAAUCAUAGUAAACUGUAGUUCAGUUAAUGGAAGGGCUCUCUGUCGUCUCACCUGUAAACUUUGGCUUUGAUAAAUCUUUUCCUGCUGCCGACCAAGUUUAUAGUAGAGCUUUCAGUCAUUGAAGAGAAAAGGUUUUGUGGCUUGAAUCCAAUAAAAGAUUUUUCCGUUG